AUGGAGGCUCUGGUGGCCGUCGGAUUUGCAGCCAAUAUAUUGCAAUUCGUUGACUAUGUUUCACAUUUACUGAAUAUAGGAAGCCAGCUCCGCCGACAGGGUAUAAGUGACUUCAACUCCGACCUCGAACGAUCAGCAACGUUGUUGAAGCACCAGACCCUCGAGCAGCUGGCAAAGGAAUGCAUAGAGAUUGCCGAUGAGAUUGUGAGCUUUGUUUCCAAGUUUAAGGUGAAACAGUAUAAAGAGCCAGAUGUUCAAAUUGUGCCCAAAUCAAGGCCGAAACACCCAGAUGAAGAGAGGCUGGAAAAAUUAAAACGCCCGAAACCAACCGAAAAAGAGGAGCUCAGAACGAUUCAGCAACGAGAAAAGAGCAAAUGGAGAACGGUGAAGAACCGUCUCGAAGCGGCGAACCAAAAGGCGCUUGAGACAUCCAAUAUUCUAAGAGCAGCCAAUACUUUGGCUAAAGCAGUCCAAUUAGAAUGGAACAAAUCGAAGAUCACGGACUUGGCGCAUAAGCUCGACCGUAUGCGAAAUAUGCUUUACUCUGAAGUCAUGUUGAACAUCCAAAACUCAGUCAACACAAUUCAGGAAAGGUCAAACCAUUCCAACCAGCUACUUGGGGAAAUUAACGAAUCCGCCAUAAAGUACCGAGAUACGUCAACGCAGUCGUUUCAGGAAAGCCGCCAGGCCGUAGAGUUCGCCUUACAGGCCCAGUCAGAUCAGAUCCUCCAGUUGAACGACUCUGAACAAAGGAGGCAUGACAUUAUCAUACAAACUAUCAACGCUUUCACUGAGGUCUUGCAAAGCAAAAUUCUAUUUCCAGGCCUUCCGUCAGUCCUUACUCGAAUUGACCCUUCUCUCAAAUCUGCUGCUCUUAAUGGCUACGAAACCAUUGAAAAUGCCAUUCUCGCGGCCUUGUAUUUCCGCAAAAUGGAGGACCGAGAAGCUCAGGUUCAGGACGCUCACAGUAAGACCUUUGAAUGGAUAUUUGAGAAGCCCGAAGAUCAUGACAAGCCAUGGAGCAACUUUAGCGAAUGGUUAGAAAUUGGCAGAGGGUGCUAUUGGGUUGGCGGCAAGGCCGGGUGCGGUAAAUCUACUCUAAUGAAGUUUUUAAAUUCCCACCCCAGGGCUCGUGAAAGCCUCGAGAAAUGGAAUCAGCCGGCCUCCUUAGUCACUGCGUCUUGCUACUUCUGGAUGGCGGGAACACCACUGCAAAAGAACCAGGAGGGCCUACUACGCUCUUUACUGCAUACAAUACUGUGGCAAAGACGUGAUUUGAUUUCGCGGGUAUUCCCUCGACAAUACGAUGCUAUGAUGGCAAAGAUCUUUGCGGAUAAUUCGGAUCCGGAAAUUUUCUUCUUGUGCGACGUUCCCGGAUGCUCAAGUUCUUUUGAGAAACCAAGGCAACUCGUAGAUCAUCAGCAAGAGCAGCAUACUCGGAGACCUCGCAGGAGCACUGGAGAUGACUGCGGAAGCCUGACCGUCACCGAGCUGAAGCGAGCUCUUCUCACCCUUGCACAGCAAGAUUUCAAAAACGAUUUAAAAAUCUGCCUGUUCAUCGAUGGAUUAGAUGAAUUUGUAGGAGACCAGCGAGAAGUUAUCGAAUUGUUCAGGACUGUCACAAAGCAUCCGUCUAUCAAGGCCAUCAUAUCCUCUCGCCCAGAGUCAACAUUUGUCGAGGCAUUUAUCAAUGCUCCCAAAUUGUUAGUUGAAGACCUUACUGCCGGUGACAUCAAACACUACGUGAAUGAGAAACUCCUCAGCCAUUCUCAGCUCAAGAGCCACGCGGAGCACGACCCGGAGCUUGCGGAGCGCUUGAAUCACAGUAUCAUAUCAAAAGCCUCAGGCGUCUUUCUCUGGGUCGUUCUUGUCGUCCAGGCGCUUCAGAAGUGUCUUACCGACGGAAGCUACCCCGAGGAACUGGAGGGCUUUAUAGAAGAUUACCCAUCAGAACUGCACGACUUUUAUGAGGACAUGUUUGAAAGAAUGAACCCUAUGCAUCGCCUCGAGGCAUUCCGGUUAUUGCAAGCCGUGUUUCUUGUUCAGAAUGUCGAGUCAGCCAUACCCUCUGGUCUGAGACUGUCCCUUUUUGAUAGGGACGAGGUGACGGAGUCUAUCCAAAGACCGCUCACUAAUAUUCCGAUAGAAGAGCUACGAAGUCGACUGUCUGUAUUUCAAAGCCGCCUGAGGAGUCGAUGCUGUGGACUGCUCGAAAUGCACUACGACAGGACAACUACUUCACGAUCAGACUCGCUUCUAGUGGAGGGCCGAGUUGCAUUUUUACAUCGAACGGUGUCGGACUUCUUGAAGCAACAAGACAUUCGAGACAGGUUGGAAAAAGAAUGCCUCAUGGAAUCGACCGAGAUCUACGAGAAAUUAUUAGGAUCUAUUUUAUCGCGCCUUAAAGUGUGGGGUUUCUUCCGCCUCAGGACAUCCGUCCAAUGGCAGAAGUAUGUCGAAGAAAUCAAGAUAUUUCUAGUCUACUGUCAGCGCUGCGAAUCGCAUCUGGGAUCUAGGCAAAUUGGAUAUCUGGAUGAAUUAAACAGGGUGCUCGAGCGGCUCCGCACGACACGGGCCUCUGAGGGUGCACUUAUGUUCGGCAGUGAGCGUCAUUGGGCCGAAUCUUUGCUCAGCGAGGCCGGCUUGAAAAUCAACCAUACUUCUGAUGGCCAUUCAAUGUUAUCUCUUGCGGCUCGUUAUGGACUAUACACAUAUGUACAUGCAAGUUUAGCGUCUUCACCCACCUCUUCCGACUCCAAUAUUUCAGGCAUCGGUAUACAGAAUCUAGUGUUAGGGUUGUGCAACUGGGCUAUACAGCAUGGUGUGCUGAGAACGCAACACAUGAGAAUGGUUGAGCACUUUCUCGAGGCAGGAUUCGACGUCAACGCUGAUAGCAUAGGGUCUGCCACUAUACUGGGACGUACGCCAUGGGGAAAGUUGUUGUAUCUUGCGCCAUCUAGUCUUCUGAGUUAUGAUAUGGCAUUGUUGGCCCCAUUCCUUGGUGACACAAUGGAGCCAGUCAACGAAAAAUCAGCUCUCGACGAGAGGGUUGGAGUCUGGGUUCGACUUCUGCAGCUCUUCAUCAAGUUUGGCGCUGACCUUCAAGUCCAACUUGAGUCGAUGUGGGGAAUAAAACGAGGUGCGCCAAAAGACAAUGUGGUGGCGUGCAUUCGGAAGGCUGUUGACGCCCUUAUGGAGGCUGGCUUUGAGGCCAACCCAGUAUCCCGUGCUAUGAGGGAGGCGGGAGUCGGCUAUGACGUGCCAGCACUUGCGACCUGGAUUAUGGAUGAGGCGACUCCGAAUAUAGAGACACCCCGCGUACAUAGCAAGCCGAGUCCCACAAAGCGACUACCUGGAAAGGAGGUAUUGCCAGCAAAGGAAUUAAACACACAAAUGCGAUCUCCAGAAUCGUCCGCUAGACAAUGGAGUACCGUGACAAAGAAAAAGAACCUACACGAUCAUGCCGAGGUCGUUGGGGCGUGCUACAUAAUAAACCGACGAGAACAAAGAAUCGAGGCACUAAAAUGA